AAACACAUGCGCGACUGCCGAGAGAAAAGGACAACCACAAAAAUGCCUAAGAAAUACACUUUCAUACCAUGGAGAACUAAAGAUGAGUUUGAAAGGAUUUAUCACAAAUUAUUUCAAGGAGAUCCUGGAGAGAAAAAGACAGCUAUUGAUAGGAUAUCUUCAUGGAAUUCAAGGUACAAGAAGUUACCAGUAGCCAUAAUAUGUACAAAAGACCUUGUAGAACUCCAACUAGGAAUGCCUGCACAGCAAAAUGGAGACACAAGCACAUUUAUAAUGGCAUGCACACUUGCCAUUACAAGGUUUGUCAAUCUGAUGACUGAGGAACAGCAGAAAUUUGGAAGAGGUAUGCCUGUUCAUGAGGUUGCCAUGACAAUUGGCCUUCCUAAGUGGAUUGUUGACAUCCGUCAUCAAGGAACUCAUGGACACAUGCCUAAACGUGACAUCUUGGAGAGUGCUCUAAGAUUCAGUCUAGAUUGGUUGAAGGAAAACUUCUGGGAGGCACAGAUCAAGGAGAUGUGUGCAGAUAGGAUCGUUCAAGAAGGGGACUUUGACUUCCAGACUAGAGAAAAGAUCAAAGAAAUUUUGAGUGACUACAUGGAUUGCAUGGGGAGUUCAAGCACUCUUGUAAAUGGUCGUCCACAUCACAGGGAAAGAGAGAUCUUGCAGAAGCUUAACAAGCCACUGAGAAAUCAUCCUUCCAAGAAGUUCCUUGCCUAUCUUCUCACCCAAGAUGGAUACUUGGUACCAACUCCUGAACAAGAAAGAGCUCUUGGCAUCAGCGAUGGAGUGACUUCCCCGCAGGAUGACAACCUCCCUGGAUCUCUUGUGGCAUUGUGGAAACCACUCCUUGACUUCACCGUGUCAUGUGGUCUAGAGCAUCUUAUCAUGGAAUCCAUCAUCAUCCUGCUUUCUCGCUUCACCUCCGAAAAUCCUGAAGAAGCCAAGUCAGGACCAAUCGUGAGAUACCUCCUGGGUUGGGCCAAGCACCUAAUCAAGAGAAACGGCAUCACUCAAAGAUCAGAGUCUACCGCUAGAGAGAGCCCUCCCCGGAAGAAACAUAAACGGGAUGCCUCCGAGUGGAGCAAGACGUUGAAGAAAUGCAUAGAAAAACCAAACAAGCAUUCCAUGGAACUCUUGCCGAGCCUUCUAGAGUGUCAGGAUCCUCGUCUUGAAAAGUCUGCAGAGGAAAAAUUGAUAAAGCUUGCCGAGACCAUAGUCCACGGACCAAAUGGAAUGUCUCUUUCAACUAAUGGCCUGCCCUCUCUCAGUGACAUGGAGGCAAUGAUUGACUCCAAGGCCAGACAGAAAUGGAAGGAGAAUCCAAUGUUAGGUAUUCUCUCUGACGGGAAGAAAGGUGCUCAGAAUAGGACAGUCAUAGAUUCAGCACAGCCAUGGCAUCUCAGCGAUGACCUUGUUGAUUGGAGCCACACCCCUCUUGGUGUGUUACCUUGGCAACCGGAUGAUCCAGACUUCUUCCAGCUUGGGACUCCGACAUCAAAGCACUCUUCCAAUUCUUAGAUAAGCAGUACUUGCCAAAAAAUUAUUCAAGAGUAAUUAAAGAAUAUUUAGAUAUGCAUUCUAGAGAACCUGUGCAUUCAUUGGUGCAUUUUGAGAAGCCAGUUCAAACUGAAUGUAUUAAAGGGGAGACUCAAAUGAAGAAAAUCCAUUUUCUGGAAUAUAUUUUCUUGUUCCCUUUCUUUCUCUCACAGGAGAAGAGAAAGUUAUAUGAUUGAUUGUAGGAGUAUAUUCAUUUAUAUUUGACAACAUUUUCAAAUGUUUGUCUUUGAUUUCUCAUAAGUUGAACCACUUUACAUAUUUUUCUAGAUUUUAAUCACAUUUUUUGAUUAUGUGUACUAUGGAUUGAUGAC